ACAAACCCACUCUCCCCUCCCCCCCUCCCCCUUCCGUCUACUUCGAAUUCGGAAAAUUCUUCAUUGGGGAAAAACCCUAGAUAGAUUCUUCAGCUGCAUUAAUGGCGAAGAAGCGAAAGUCUGCUCCUCCCGUUGAGCAAGCGCCCAAGGAAGAAUCAGAAUCAGAGGAAGAGGAAGUAGAAGAAGAGGAGGAGGAGGAGGGAGAAGAAGAGGAAGGAUCUGAUGAGGAAGAGUCGGAAUCGGAAUCAUCAUCGGAGCAGGAAGAAGAAGAAGAAGAAGAGGAUGAGGACUCAAAGCGGGAAGCACUGAGAGGGCUCCUGCAACCGUUCACCAAGGAUCAGCUCGUCAACAUCCUCAAGGAGGCAGCGGCCAAAAACCCUACCCUCGUCUCCGGCGUCAUCAAGUCCGCCGAGACGGACCCCAUCCAGCGCAAGAUCUUCGUCCACGGCCUCGGCUGGGACACCACGAACGAGACCCUGACCGCCGCGUUCCGGCCGUACGGCCAGAUCGAGGAGUGCAACACGGUGCUGGACCGGGCCACCGGCCGCUGCAAGGGCUUCGGGUUCGUGCUCUUCAAGACCAGGGCCGGCGCCCGCAAGGCCCUGAAGGAGCCGCAGAAGAAGAUCGGCGCUCGGAUGGCCUCCUGCCAGCUGGCUUCAGCUGGCCCGGGUGGUCCACCGCCUGACCUGAGCGGGAGGAAGUUGUAUGUGGCGAAUGUAGCUCCGCAUGUGAGUGUGGACAAGCUCCGGGCCUUCUUUGCGAAGUUCGGAGAGAUCGAGGAGGGACCGAAUGGCCUUGAUAAGGCGACGGGCAAGUUCAGGGGCUUCGCCAUAUUUCUUUACAAAUCCGCAGAGGGCAUGAAGAAGGCUCUGCAAGAGCCCGUCAAGGAAUUUGAGGGUUGCAAGCUAAUGUGCUCUGUUUUCGUAGAAGGGCGUGGUGGCAAUAAGGCUGGGAGUUCCGGGCAGGCAGCCGCUCCGGCCGGCACGGGCGGUGGCACAACUGCCCCGAACAGUUCUGGAGCUCAGAAUUUUCCAUCGGGUUUAAAUCAAGGGCUGGCGGGUCAGACUUAUCCCGGCCCAGUCCUCCUGGGGCAAAACCCGGGAUUGGGCGUUUUGAACCCACUGAUGGGGAACCACGGCUUCCCAAUGGGUGCCCCGGCAUUGCUGGGCCGAAGUGCAGCAGCUAACCCAGUUGGCGGGUUUGGUGUGCAGCAGGACAUUAACUCUGUAAGCCCGAGCAUGAUCAAUGCCUACGGUUCUCAGGCAGCUCUGCAGGGGAUGGGAGUCUUUCAGAGCUCCCAGUUGGGCCAGGGAUCAGCUCACGGGUCAGCAGCGGCGGCAGCUGCUCGGGGACAGUCCGAGGCCGGAUCUUCAAUGCAUUUGUCUUCAUAUUUCCGGAGAUAGAUCUUAGAUGUCCUAGUCCUUAAUGUAUCCGAGUAUCCUUAAUAGAAAAUUUGUUAAAACGAAAGAACAGAGGCACGUUCCUUCUUGAUCUUGUUGACCUUAUCGUUAUGUUCUCUCACAGUAUCAUCUACAAGGGCGCCUAAUUUGCUUCGAGAUGCUACUGAUCUGUCUUGGCCCGGAAAGAAUGCGAUGAGAUAGUCCUGUCGAA